AUGGAUAUUAGCUUUCGUACUGUUUUCACACUACUCCUCGCCUUAGGUUUAGUACUUUCAAAUGCAAAUGAGAAUGUUCUUGAUGAAACGGUGCGUUUGCUUAAAACGAUCCCAAGAAAAGACGGUUUAAUACUUCUAAGUUCGGAUAUAUUUGAGAAGUAUAUCCUGCCCUAUCAACGAAAUUUCUCAAUUGUGUUCAUUAUUGCAUCUAAGAAGGCUCAAUGUGAUCCCUGUGGACCUGCAAUGGAUGCUCUCGCUAACAUUGCGGGAAAGUGGAAGAAGGAUCAUCAAGAUUCCUCUGAAAUUUUCUUUGGUUUCGUAGACUUCUUGGAUAAUAUGGAUUUAGUGAGAAUGUUGAAUAUACAGACUGCUCCUUUUGUAUAUCACAUUGGUCCUCACCAAUCUAUGCGUGAAUGGGAUAAGAUUAAUGAUUUCAAAAUUGUUAGCCAUCCAGCUUUGCUUGCCGACUGGAUUUCAAAAUUAUCAAAUGUCAAAGUCGAAGCUUCUGUCCCUAUGGAUAUGAGUCUGAUAUACUUAGCUUCUCUCCUCCUUAUCAUCGCCUAUCUUUUUUACAAAAUUAAGUGGUUCAGAAGUGUGAAAUUCGUGGGCAUUUUGUGUUUGUGUUUUAUCUGCUCAAUGCUCUCGGGAUUAAUGUUUGUUAACAUCCACAAUACGCCUUUCAUAUCAUCUCAGGGUGGGCAAAUAAUCUUUAUUUAUCCUCGAAAUGGAGCCCAACUUGGCUCUGAAGUGCUCCUUAUAAUGUCUUUUUAUGCCAUGACAAGCGGUGGUGUAGUGCUUCUUACCACUAAUUGCCCUAAGUAUCGGAAGAGGAAAUUCCUUCAUUCGAUUGGAGUUUUGGUGAGUCUUGCUUUGACUGUGGUAGGCUUCAACCAAUUGGCUACCUGCUACUCUGGUAAAACCGGUCAAACAACUUAUCAGUAA